AUGGUCGGCAUCUACUCAAACUCCAUGUCCAUUGGUGGCCCACAGCAUCCCGCCACGAACCACCAGGAGCUUGGCGAACUCAAUUCUCAGCGACAGAUCCAGCCAGUCCAACCAGUCUACAACUCGCGCCCCAGUCACUCGGACCGUCCCCGACGCACGCGUCGCCGUUACGAAGAGGUCCCACGUCUCUAUUUGUGUAACUGGCCAGAUUGCGACCGCGGGUACUCUACUCUAAACCACCUCAAUACACACAUUGGCAACAAGAAGCACGGUUCCAAGAGGCUUCCUGGAGAGUUUCAACUUUUGCGUGCCCAACUGCGUGCAGAAGCGCGGAACCGCAACACGCAGGCCACCAAUGUGACUUUCGCCUCCGAGAUCGCCAGCAGGAUUGGAACCGGGCCGGUUUCCCAGCACGCACAUGUCGUGGGUACCAUGGAACAGAAUCCCCACCGCCACCAUGAAGCCACGCAUGCCCAGGGCGGCCAACAUCAUCCUGCCAACCCGGCUCGUGUCGCGACUGGGCAGUACUUUGACAUGCCAAUGGCGAACAACUUCCAGUUCCAGCUCCCCGUGGCAUCUGCUGUUGGCGACCCUCACACAGGUCACCACUACAGUGACUACAACGGUCAGGGCUACAAUCUUGGCACGUACGCCGCAAUGGUCCCUGAACUGCACAGUCGGUACGAGUCUCGCUCGGGCGACUCGUCACAGCGCACCUCUCCGACUGCUCCCCCAUCGCAGUGGCCUACCCACGCCGGUUACCCCGCCUCUGUCGCGUACGCCCCUUUUAGUGCCUCGCCGUCGGUCUACAUUACGGUUUGCCCCGACGAUGCCAAGGCUUCUUGGCAACACAUUCCGUCCGACACUUCUCAGACUAGCUCUAUCCCUGCCAUGUCUUCGGACACGACCCGUCCCACCACGGCGACCACUGCUGUGGACUCUCCAAAUGGCGAAUACACGUCUUUCGCCCCCCAUCCGUCGUACAACACCCUGGCAUCGUACCCUUUCGGUCCUACGUGCCAGCGCGACAAUUAA